CUUUGCUCGGUGGACAGCUCACCCUGGAGAAUACAGUUUGUAACUGGUGGACUGGAGCCGAAAAGCUCCGUACGCUGAAACCGAGUGCUCGUGUGAACACGAAUAUAUUUGCAGGGGCCAGUGAUGAUUUCAAAGCUCGAAAUCAAAGUCGCCGCCGUGCUCGACUGCGUCACUCGACACUGACUCCUCCUCUGACUCAGAGUCACUCUCGAUUUCAUAAUGGCAGCCUUGGCAUCUUACUGCUGUGUACGCGCAUCUUCAGCACCUGGCCCUUCUGACGGUGGAGAGUCGGUGCCGCAGCCUUCGGUACCUCAGUCCGUCUCAGUACCUCAACCUGUUGCAGCCUCAACUUCGGUGUCCCAGUCUGUCUCCCAAGCCCCACUUGCAGCUGCAGAGCCAAAGCAAGCCAUCUCAACGACGGACGAAACACUUCCCAAGAGAGUACCAUUCGGCACGGAGACGGCCGUGGACCUGACCUUAUGGUACGGGCCCGAACGAGUAAAAUACUUGGGCCCGUUCAAAGCAGCGACGCCGGCUUACCUGAAAGGAGAAUUUCCUGGUGACUACGGAUGGGAUACAGCGGGUCUGUCGGCAGACCCCGAGACGUUUGCCAAAAACCGUGAGCUCGAGGUGAUUCACUCGCGGUGGGCUAUGCUCGGGGCUGCUGGCUGCUUGUUCCCCGAGCUUUUGGCCAAGUCAAAUGCUGUGAGCUUCAGGGAACCAGUGUGGUUCAAAGCUGGGUCGCAAAUUUUCAGCGAUGGUGGCCUCGACUAUCUCGGCAAUCCCAACCUGAUCCACGCUCAAAGCAUUUUGGCGAUAUGGGCAAGCCAGGUUGUUUUGAUGGGCCUGGUCGAGGGCUAUCGUAUCGGAGGAGGCCCUCUGGGAGACGUGGCAGGGGAUGGACUCUACCCCGGUGGUGCAUUCGAUCCAAUGGGUCUCUCAGAGGACCCAGAAGCUUUCGCCGAGCUCAAGGUGAAGGAGCUGAAGAAUGGGAGGCUGGCCAUGACUGCUAUGCUCGGCUUCUUCGUUCAAGCGAUUGUCACUGGCAAGGGUCCAGUACAGAAUUUGUACGACCACCUGGCCAAUCCUCAGAUCAACAACGCCUGGGCUUACGCCACAAACUUCGUUCCCAGAUCAUAAGUCAACUCCAGAGCUUGAAGCAUUUGGUGCACACAUACAAUCUCCUCAGAUGCGUUGAAGUAUUCAGCUAAAGCUCCAUGACGAAAGUGGAUAAACCAACAUCUACACUGAGUCUUUCCAAAUCACUGCUUAGCUCGCAAUCUGUGCAGGCGAUCUUCAGCUUCACUUCGAGGCCUCUGUCUCAUCGGAGGUCCUCUUCCGGACUGAAAAUCGUAUCACGCCCGAUUGCAUUAGAUUGAUCGUUCUCAAGAUUUUAGAUUACCUUUGUACAUGUGCUGAGAGAGCGAGCUAUCCUGUACUUCUAUGAGUGAAGAAAAUCAACUUGUCGACAUGUCCUGCCUCUGGGCGACGCUUACA